CACGAUAUGUCAGCAGCCGCUAAAACUUCAUCCAUCCAGCUCACCUUCAUCCAUCGACACCGCCAACGUUCACAAGUGUGCUUUGAGUGCCACGUAUCUACGUUUUAGUGACAUCUGCGUGUCACAACUUUGACGUUGUUUACUGAACGCCAGGGCGUCUGCCCGAAAGCGGGACUUGCUGUCGUAAAUGGCCUGUCGCGAAUCGGUGCCGUCGGCUUUUUGGCUGACAAGCUUGUUUGCGGCGUUGUGACAUGGCCUCUGCACCAGCACAGCAGCCCACCCUGACUGUAGAACAGACCAGAGUGGUGCUCAGUGAGGUGAUCCAGGCCUUCUCUGUGCCAGAAAACGCGGUGAGGAUGGAGGAGGCGCGGGAAAGCGCGUGCAACGACAUGGGCAAGAUGCUACAGCUGGUGCUCCCCGUGGCCACGCUGAUUCAACAGGAAGUCAUCAAAGCAUACGGCUUCAACAAUGAAGGAGAGGGUGUCCUGAAGUUUGCCAGAUUGGUAAAGAUGUAUGAAAGCCAGGACCCCGAAAUAGCAGCCAUGUCAGCCAAACUCAAGUCCCUCCUCCUGCCGCCUCUGUCAACACCACCCAUAGGGGGCGCCAUUCCAGCCUCAUAAGAAUUAAUUAGAAUUUGUUAAUGAAUCCAAGUUGUCGACAGAAUUAUCACAAAUGUCAUUUUGUCACUUCUUUGAAAGGCUCCAGUUACAUUAUGUGGAAAAACUUGGCAGUGUUCCACCAUUGCCAUUUCAUCUUAAUUCCCCCCCCCCCCCCCCCCCCCCCCCCAAACAUUUGCUGGUAUCUAUCCACAUUUAUGGAACAAUUCCAUGAACUCACCACAUUUUGAAUACUGUUAAUAAAUGUCAUUGUUUUGUA